UCUAUUCCAUCGUCUUUCUUCAAUCCAACUUUCCUUUUCUCUUUCAAAAUAUCACCAAAACCAUUGAUAACCACAAAAUGCAAUACCAAGCACAACAACAAUAUGGAGCUUCCGCUUCUUCUUCCUCCUCCUAUUCUGUCAACGAUCCCAUGCGUCGGAUAGAGCGUAUGGCGGCCGAGAACGCGGUGGUCAUGUUCAGCAUGACUUCAUGUUGCAUGUGCCACGCUGUCAAACGCCUCUUCUGUGGAAUGGGAGUUAAGACUACAGUGUACGAGCUCGACGAGGACCCGAGAGGAAAAGAGAUAGAGAAGGCUUUGAUGCGUUUAAUGGGAAGCUCUUCGGCUGUUCCCGCCGUCUUCAUCGGUGGGAAACUCAUUGGCUCUAUGGAUAGAGUCAUGGCCUCUCAUAUCAAUGGCUCCCUCGUUCCUCUCCUCAAAAGCGCCGGCGCGCUUUGGCUUUAAAACGUCUUCCACCUAUGCAUCUUGACAUUUACAAAAUGUCAUUAAUGUGCAUCUUUUCUUGACCGAUUGAGAUAUGUUUGUGUUUUGCAGUAAAAGAAAAAAAAAUGUGAAUUAAGAAAGUUGAAAAAAAAAAGAGGAAGAGGAGAAUGUUGGGUACUUGUAAUAAUUAGCUCCCUCCUCUGAGAAAAGAAAAAAAUAACAGUUUUUUUUUC